AAAUAAGCAGAGCACUCACUGACUUUCAUUCAGUUCUAUACAAAAACUUGAACAAAGCGUACGUUGCACGAAAGUGAUUGUGUGAAAAUCUUAACAGAAUGUUGUUUGUGGCCCUGUUGGUGCUAACCCUGUUAGCCUUGUAUCUAUGGCUGAAAGAUCAUUACUCGUAUUGGGAAAAGCGCAAUGUGCCACAUGAUAAGCCCUCGUUUUUCAUAGGCAAUAUGCAGGGUUUGGGCAAACGCUACCACUGGAGGGACAUCAAUGAGAGAAUCUAUCGUAAAUACAAAAACAUCACUCCCAUAGCAGGAUUCUAUACCUUCACCACCCGGGCUGCCUUUGUAUUGGAUUUGGACAUUAUCAAGGACAUAAUGGUGAGGCAAUUUCAAAGCUUCAGCGAUCGUGGUCUAUUCCACAAUGAGAAGGAUGAUCCUUUAACGGGCAAUCUGCUCUUCCUCGAUGGCGAGAGAUGGCGUGUAUUGAGGCACAAAAUUUCACCUGUCUUUACUAGUGGAAAAAUGAAAUUUAUGUUCCCCACCGUGGUGGGUGUGGGUGAAAAAUUGGAAAUGGCUUGCCUCAAGUCCAUGGAGACCCACAACAGCAUAGUGGAGGUUAAGGAUCUGUGUGCUCGCUAUACAACCGAUGUCAUAGGCACCUGUGCCUUUGGCCUGGAAUGCAAUAGUCUGAUUGAUCCUCAGGCAGAAUUUCGUCGCAUGGGUCGUUCGGUGUUUGAGAACCCACGCCACAAGGCUGCUGUGCAGGGAUUUAUGUUUACCAAUCCCAAAUUGGCUCAAAAGCUGAGAAUGAAAAAUUUCCGUGAUGAGGUGGCAGAAUUCUUUCUAAAGGCAGUCAAAGAAACUGUGGAGUAUAGACAGAAAAACAACAUCAGACGUAAUGAUUUCAUGGACAUGAUGAUAGAGAUGAAGGAGCAGCGUGACAAGCUAGUGGCCCAAGGUCACAAGGUGGAUGAAGAGGAUAUGGCCAGUGGUUUGACUUUGGAGCAAUUGGCUGCCCAGGCCAUGGUGUUCUUUUUGGCUGGCUUCGAUACCUCCUCCACCACCAUGUCAUUUUGCCUCUAUGAAUUGGCCUUGAAUCCAGAGGUGCAAGAAAAGUUGCGCCAAGAAAUCAUUGAUGUUUUGAAGAAACACCAAAACCAAGUUAGCUAUGAGUGUAUUAAGGAAAUGCAUUAUAUGGACAUGGUGGUAGCAGAAACUCUGCGCAAAUAUUCAGUGACCCCCCAUUUGGUGCGCACCUGUGUGAAUGACUAUCAAGUUCCCAAUACCAAUAUUGUGUUGGAAAAGGGAUUGCGUGUUAUUUUGCCCGUGGAUGCCAUACACCGUGAUCCUGAUCUAUAUCCUGAUCCCGAGAAGUUUGAUCCCGAACGUUUUCUACCCGAGGAACAAGCCAAACGUCAUCCCUCCUCUUAUCUCCCAUUUGGUGAUGGUCCCCGCAAUUGUAUUGGCAUGCGUUUUGGCAAAAUGCAAGCCCGUGUGGGCCUCAUAUCUCUGCUAAGAAAGUUUCGCUUUAGUCGCUGCAAUGAAACACAGAUACCUAUGCAGUUUACUAAAAUCAAUUUCAUACUGGGACCUGAGGGCGGUGUAUUUUUGAAGGUGGAAAAAAUUUAAAAAUAAUAAAAACCAUAUUCGAUGAG